GCGCAUCUCACUUCCGCCUAACACCUCAUGCACUGACCUCUCUUGACGCACACAGCCAUGUCCACCGCAACCCCCGCAGCAUCUACACCCGAUGCUCAGUCACCAGCGGCCACGAACCCUCCAGACCCGUCCACCGCUAAUUUGAAUGCCACCGACAAACUUGUGCUCGAUUACCUCCGUUCUCGGGGCCAUGCUGCAGCAGAGAAGUUAUUACGAGAAUCUCUAGAGACAUCUUCACCCGGUGAAGGGGCACCUGGCCCAUCUACAUCCAAUACUAUCUCGCCAGAGGACCUUGCGAACCGGAUAGCGGUCUAUGCACAGAAACCUACUCGACCAGGCGAGAAUACCCUCAAAGACUCCGGGGCAGUCGCGCAGGAACUCGGUGGCAUAAGCACGCAACAGGACAUACAGAAAUUGAUAUCUAGUAUCGGUCCUGUCGGUGCCGAGGAGAUACUGUCCCUUGACCCCACCGACAAACAGGAGGGCUUCCGAGAGCUUGAAGCGUGGGUGGACGGCUCUUUAGAUAUGUAUAAGCCCGAGUUUCGACCAAUAUUAUUCCCAAUAUUCGUUCAUUUUUACUUGGACCUGAUACAACAAGGUUUCAAGGACGCGGCUCUGAGGUUUUAUGAAGAAUUCUCUCCAUUGUUGCGGGCUCAACACAACCAAGUUAUUCACCAUCUCUCUACCUUGCUCUUACCGUCACAUGUCCAACACGACGAACUCGCCCAACGCUUCCGGAAUGAGAAAUAUCAAAUACGCAUGAGCCGGUCUGGCUUUAGUCUGUUAGUCGGCUGGCUCACAGAAGGUGUGGGUGGCGAAGCGACAGGCUCUGGGGAUGGCUUUACCGGCGAACGCGGCAAGCGAGGGCGUGCGGCGGUCAUGCGGGUAGUGAACAAUCACCUGAAGUUUGACGUCACAACGUCGACGACGGCAUCUAUGUCGCCGAAUGCAUGGGAAGAGACCACAGGUGCCCUGUCACCACUACUACCGCAAACAGGCUUUAAGGAUGCCUUAUCAUUCAAUGCAUCUAGAGGAGAGCUGAAACUCGGACCUGCGCCAUUAUUAGAGGAACUUCAGCAGGAAACCGAGCGCGAGCUGCGGGAGAAGGCAUUACUCGAGCGGGAUCCCAAUGGGCAGCUCGACGCACAAUACUUGCGGCCGUCGGCAUCUGGGCUCGUUUCUCCUUCGCUCGCAGACUUACCGCCACAUGCUCCGACAUUCAAAGCAAUUGACGUGAAGCGAGAGGUCGAGAAAGUUAGGGACGCAAGGAAACGAAUCAAGCUGGAGCCUGCGUACCUGAACGGUAUAAACCCGAAUUCUCCACAAGCUGCAGCAGCGAGAGCAAGAGCUUUGCCGAGUAUAUGUGCAUAUACCCUACAUGAUAUCGGAGAAGGCGUACCAUGUAUAACUUUCUCACAAGAUACCUCUAUAAUGGCCGCCGGGUUUUCUGAGAGUUAUAUUCGAUUAUGGAGUCUCAAGGGCGAGAAACUCAAAGGUUACCGAAGUGACUUCCAAUCAAGCCAGGCCAAAGACGCCUCUUCAUUGCGCAAACAGCGAGAAAAAGGAGGUUCGACGACCCGAAAGCUGAUCGGCCACGGCGGGCCCGUCUGCUCUGUCGAUUUCGAUCCGAUCUCGGGCUCAGCGGGUCCACCACGCUAUCUGCUUUCCUCGUCUGCGGAUGCAACAGCUCGCUUGUGGUCACUGGACACCAUGUCGAACGUUGUUGCUUACCGAGGACACCAGAAUCCUGUGUGGGACGUGCAGUGGAGUCCGAUGGGUAUCUAUUUCGCGACAGCGAGCAGGGACAAGACGGCAAGGUUGUGGUCGACAGACCGGACGUCGGCGCUGCGCAUAUAUGCUGGCCAUCUAAGUGAUGUCGACUGUGUACGGUUCCAUCCCAACUCGCUCUACCUCGCCACCGGUUCAAGUGACUGGACCGCGAGGUUAUGGGACGUGCAAAAAGGCUCCUGCGUUCGAGUCUUCAUCGGACAUCAAGGAAUUGUCUCGACGCUUGCAUUUAGCCCCGAUGGGCGAUACCUUGCCACUGCGGGCGAGGACCUUGCAAUUAAUCUCUGGGACAUUGGCUCUGGGAAGCGCAUUAAGAAGAUGACCGGUCACACCGCGUCCAUCUACUCUCUUGCUUUUAGUGCCGAGUCCUCGCUGCUCGUGAGUGGCGGAGCAGACUGGACCGUGCGGUGCUGGGAUGUGAAGAGUGUAGGCGGGCAGCCCAGCAAGGCCCGAGAGAACGGCGUUAACGGGAUCACCAAUGGUGUCAACGGCACAUCGGAGCAUAGUGCUGAUGUACUUGCGAGCGGCUCAGGGAAGGAGCACGAGGAAAACAUUCAGACCACGGACUUGCUGGCGACAUUCCCUACCAAACGGACACCCAUCAUUGACGUGCAGUUUACACCUAGGAACUUGUGCCUUGCAGCGGGACCAUAUCUUGCCCCUGAACAACGAUGACUCUCGAAAAUGCUUAUAUUAUUCCUCGUCCACGGUACACUGCCGAAGGCACUCGAGCGUCGUCCAAGAAUCUUGUCGGAUUAAGUGGUCAAUGUCAUAUCCUCAGCUCGCGUUCGUUAUGACGAUGAACGACACAGUUUCGAUGUCGCUUUCAGUCAAUACAGCAUCUCCAAGAAGGUCGGAAAUGUCUUUGAGCAUUACGAAAAUCGUUCGGAUCUCCCCCCCCCUUCCUCCGGUUCCGGAGCAAUCCGUUUCUGGUGCAGCUGAUGGAACAAGUUUCCUGCCAUCGCUACAGGCGUCGCGUUUUUGUCCCUGAAAGGGGAGUACAACUAGCUCUCCAUCGCGUUAUUAAUCUCGUCGCUCCCCAAUUUUUCGUCCGAUUCAGCGGGGGAGGCUGGCUGAGCUCAAGAAGUGUUUGCUUCGUCUAGUGACGCCACAGGAGAGCUACAGUGCUCUUCCGAGUAUUAAAUUGGCUUCCACUCUCCGUCCUCACCCUCUCCUGCGGCAAAUACGGCAAGGUUCUCACGAUACCGAGCGAGCCAACCCGCUGCACUUGUUUCAGCCCUCACUUGCGUACUGCACCUUCCUUGCAUAUCUCUUACAGUUUAUCGCCAUCGGGGAUAAUUUGGAAGGCAGAUCUGGACAAUUGAUCACCUUGGGACGAGCCUAACUUAUCGAGAACAUUGUGGCCCUGAGCAAACUGCAGUUUCUGAAGGUGUGGUUUUGGAAACGGAGAGGGAGGAGAGUAGUACGUCGGAGCUGACUAUGUCUGGAGAAUGCUCGGGGAGCUGAAAGUGAGAAAACAUGUCAUACU